UGUGUGCAAUCGUUCUGUGGCAGCCGAUCCUGAUGUAUUUUCUAGAAGCGACCCAAGUCUUCGACCCAUACGUCCGGGUAAUCCAGAAUGCCAAUAUUUCUCAGUACGCCUGGGACAAGUCCUUGCUGCAGCCGCUGUGGGACUACCUGCGAGUCACCCACCAGGAUACCCUCCGCUCGCCGCUCUUUCCAGUUAUCAUCUCAGUCUCCACCUAUUUCAUCACCUGCACCUUCUACAUGACGCUCGACAUCUUGGCUCGCAGGUGCCCGGCCAUUAACAGGUACAAGAUCCACCCGGAGCAGCAUGUAACGUGGGCAAACAUUCUCAAGACUCUGUGGCUUACCGGCUACAACCACGUUAUCUUUGUCUUCCCGGCAGCCGCGUUCCAAUGGUACUGGAGACCUCCGAUCCCGCUUCAGGAAGAGGCACCACAGCUCUCCGAGUUCCUUAUAGGAAUCGUCAGCUGCACAGUUCUCUUCGACUUCCAGUAUUACUUCUGGCACCUAAUGCACCACAAGUUUCGAUGGCUCUACACGACUUUCCACGCCAUCCAUCACGAAUAUUACGCUCCCUUCUCCUGGUCGACGCAGUACCUAUCUGCCUGGGAACUGAUCAGCCUUGGCUUUUGGACCACCAUAGACCCGAUAAUCCUGCAGUGCCACAGCCUGACUGGGUUCACCUUCAUGAUCUUAAACGUAUGGCUCUCAGUGGAUGACCACAGCGGCUAUGACUUCCCUUGGGCUUUUCACAACAUUAUCCCUUUCGGGCUCUGGGGCGGCUCUGUGAAGCACGAUGCUCACCACCAGAAGCCACAGUACUACUUUGCCCCUUACUUCUCCCACUGGGACUGGCUUUGCGGCACUUGUUGCGAUUACAAGCGCUCGCCCGCCUAUUCAGAGGUGGAAAAGAAACGACACAAAGCCACCAAAAACAAGAAACAUAUCUAGAUCCCGCCAUCUGAUAAAAGCCGCAUUUCUCCCGCGUAAAACAAGGUGUCAAAAGAAGCCGGUUGGAGACGACAGAGAGACCGGCAGAGCAAUGGUAAAAAAAAUCUUGACUGAGGAGACUGCCGGAAUAUUCUGACGUUAAAUAUCGCAGUUAUUUAUUUUUUCACAUUAAAACGAAUGCAAUACCUUUGAAGUAAGCUAUGUGUAGUGCGAUAUAAAAACGUGCUACAUUUGUAUUUACCGUUAUACGUGAGGUAAAUAUUUAACGAUAUUCCAUUUUAACGAGGUACCACGAUUAUGAAUGUUUCAAUUAUCUUACGUAUAUUAUGUAAUGUAUUUUG